CAUGGCAGCGCCAGGCCCGGCGGGAUCCGGAGGAACUAGAGCGGCGCAGGCACCGUCCCGCCGCCCCGGGCUCGUCAGGUCGGGCCGCGGCGGGCGCGGGGCGCGGCCGGUGCCCCUGGCUGGGGGCAAGGAGCGCUGGUCGCCGCCCGCCGCGGGCACGGCAGCUCACCUCCCCGCCGUUUUCUCUUCUGGAAAAUGUUUCGUAGCGGCCCCCUGUGCGGCGAGGGCGAGCAGUGGCGGCGGCGUGGCCUCAGAACCGCUGUGGCCAUCUGUCUUGCCUGUUUUAGGGGGGAGCCGAGUUCCCCAGCAGUUGCUGGGCCAGUUUAGAGGCCUGAACUCACAAAUGAAUAUAUCUGGUGUGCGAGGCGAAAAAUACUAAUGUGAAGUAACUCUGAAGGAGGAACAGGUCCGUUCUGUUCCCCAGGCCCUGCAGAGAAGGACUUGGGGGUGCUGGGAGAUGAAAAAUAGGACACGACCCAGCAAAGUGCACUCCCAGCCUGGAAAGCUGGCUGUAGCGCAGGCUGCCGUAAGAAGCAGCGUGGCCAGCGGGUCGGGGCGGGCGAUUCUCCCCCUUUGCUCUGUUGAGACCCCACCUGGAGCUCUGUGUCAGCUCCGGGGCCCCCAGAACAGGGCAGAUGUGGACCUGUUAAGAGUGGGCCCAGAGGGCCACAACAGUGGUCAGAGGGCUGGAGCACUUCUGCGGAGUAGGGCUGAGAGAGUUGGGGCUCUUCAGCCUGGAGAAGAGAAGGGUCUGGGGAGACCUUAUGGCAGCCCUUCAGUACUUAAAUACUGUAAGAAUUAUGGAGGGAGACUUUUUACCAGAGCCUGCAGUAAGAGGACAAGGGGCUGUGGUUUUAACUGAAAGAGGGUAGGCUUAGGUUAGAUAAAAGGAAGACAUUUUUUCUGAUGAUGAUGGUUAGACGCUGGAAGAGGUUACCCUGAGGACUCAUGGAUGCCCCAUGAUUGGCAGCAUUCAAGGCCAGGUUGGCUGGGGAGCAGCCUGAGCUGGUGAAAGAUGUCUCUGUGCAUGGUAGGGGGUUUGAACUAGAUGAACUCUUCCAACCCCAACCAUUCUGUGGUUCUUCAGUUGUAAGAACUAGCAAAACACUACGGAACAGUACAUUGUGUAAAUGAAGCCGCAUUCUGUGAGUAAUAUAGAGCUGAAUUUAACGUUGUUAAAUACAGUCUGAAUGAGCUGAGAGGUUGAUAUGAUGGACUUAGGUCUGGAAUUCACAACUGGCAAUUCAGGCUUGGUUGCAUUUGUGUUGCUGGCAUUUUGGGGUGUCAGAUGUAGGUCUUGGUGCCGGCAGCAUCUUCAGAUGUUGCCAGCAACUGGAGUCUAAUUUUCAGUCUUUUUUUAAGCCUUCCCUUGCCUCAUGGGGAAACUGUAGCUUGCUGCAGCUGGGAAUGCCCAUCCUCUCAGGAGGUGGUGAUGUGGAUUCCCUCCUGCAGGACUAAGGUGACUGUAGGUUACUGUUGAGGUACAGGCUCUUACAGGAACUGCUAAUGAAACACUGCCCAGGAGUUAGUGAAUCAGCGAGGGUGUCCUGCAUACUGCUGCACAGGAGAGCUUAGUACUGUGUGUAAAUACCAGAACUGGAGUUUACGUUUCAUCAUAAGGAAUCUGUUUUUGCUAAACCUGUGCAUUCGAGAUACAUUAUGGAGACCUUGACAAAGACUGAGAUGCGGGCCACUGCCACUGUGGAACAUGCCCAAGAAAGGAGGGAAGCAUGCCGAAAUGGGAAAAGAAAUGCAGGCACAGUGUAAACGAGCAAAGGUGGAAGCGGCUUGUUCUCCAUCAGUCAUGAGUUUUGAGAACCCAGACAGCCUCUUUGGAAGCUUGAUCUCUCCCAUCAAACAAGAGGUGUUUUUCAGGGAGUACUGGGAGCAAAAGCCACUGCUUGUUCAGAGGAGCGAUCCCCUGCUGGCUGCUUACUACCAGUCCCUGUUUCAGUUGUCAGAUUUGAAGGAGUUGUGCAGCCAGGGUCUAUACUAUGGGCGAGAUAUAAAUAUCUGUAGAUGUGUGAAUGGAAAAAAGAAAGUUUUAAAUAAGGAAGGCAAAGUGAAUUACAUGCAGCUGAAGAAGGAUUUUGACCAGAAAAAGGCGACAAUACAGUUUCAUCAACCUCAGAGAUUUAAGGAGGAGCUGUGGAAGAUUCAGGAGAAGCUGGAGUGCUACUUUGGGUCUCUGGUUGGGUCAAAUGUUUACAUUACUCCCCAGGGGUCGCAGGGCCUUCCCCCUCACUACGAUGAUGUUGAGGUGUUUAUCCUUCAACUGGAAGGGGAGAAACAUUGGCGACUCUAUAAACCAACGGUGCAUUUAGCUCGGGAAUAUAAUGUAGAAUCAGAAGAUCGGAUUGGGAAUCCCACGCAUGAAUUCAUAUUAAAGCCAGGUGACUUACUGUACUUCCCAAGAGGGACUAUUCACCAAGCUGACACUCCUCCUGGGAUCUCCUAUUCGACACAUGUGACCAUCAGUACCUACCAAAACAACUCUUGGGGAGAUUUCUUGCUGGAUGCAAUUCCUGGCCUUGUGUUUGAUACAGCAAAAGAAGAUGUGGUGCUGAGGACAAGCAUACCAAGGCAACUGCUUAUGCAGGUGGAUAUAGCUGACUCAACAAAAAAGCUAAGCAGCCUUUUGAGAAGGCUUGCAGACCGUCUGGAAAACACCAGAGAACUGAGGUCAUCUGACAUGAAGAAGGAUUUCAUUAUGAACCGGUUGCCACCUUGCUUGGGAUGUGACUCUGAUCCUUUGACUCCAGGUGGGAAAUUGCCAAAAAUAGAUAGCAAAAUCAGACUGCAGUUUAGAGAUCAUGCUAUUGUUACAGUGGAACCAGAUCAAGAGAAUUCCGAUGAAAUUCGCAGAGAUAUGGUUUAUGUCUAUCAUUCCUUAAAGAACAGGAGAGAAACUCACAUGAUGGGGACAGAUGAUACUGCUAGUGAGGAAGGCUCACCACAGCAGACUCAUGGCCUGCGGUUUCCUUUGUCAUACCUGGAUGCACUGAAGCAGAUUUGGAGUAGCAGCACUGUUACUGUUAAAGAGCUUAGCCUUAUCUCAGACGAAGAGAAAGAAAACCUUGCCUUGUCUCUAUGGACUGAAUGUCUAAUUGAAGUUAUUUGAUGCUUUUGUGACUUAGCCUUAUUAAAUGACUUUUUUAUCCAUCCA